GCCCCGCCCAGUCCCCGCCGACGCCCGCUCUGUGGGUCGGUCAGUCAGUCACCGAGCGCGCGCCGCGGGAGCUGCGGGCGCUCUCAGCGUUCGGGAGAGGAGCGUCGCGCCUGGCGAGGCGGCGGCUGUAAGGCGCGAGCAGCUGCUGCCUAGCGCGGGGCUCCGUGAGAGCCGAGGGGCUGCCGCGAUGGAGCAACUGUCCGAUGAAGAGAUUGACCAUGGUGCCGAAGAAGACAGUGACAAGGAAGAUCAGGACCUGGAUAAAAUGUUUGGAGCUUGGCUUGGGGAACUGGACAGACUUACUCAGAGUUUGGAUUCUGACAAGCCCAAAGAACCAGUAAAAAGAUCUCCUCUUCGCCAGGAAACAAAUAUGGCCAACUUUUCUUACCGUUUCUCCAUAUACAACUUGAAUGAAGCUCUGAAUCAGGGUGAAACUGUGGAUCUGGAUGCCCUGAUGGCUGAUCUCUGCUCUAUAGAGCAGGAACUGAGCAGCAUUGGCUCAGGAAAUAGUAAGCGUCAAGUCACAGAACCAAAAGUUACUCAGAAGCAACCUGCUAGCCGACAUACGACCAAACAUGGCACCCUGAGAGGAUUAUCAUCUUCCUCUAAUAGAACAACUAAGCCUUCCCAUGCUAACUACUCCCUGGAUGACAUCACUGCACAGUUAGAGCAGGCUUCCUUGAGCAUGGAUGAGGCUGCUCAGCAGUCGGUAGUAGAAGAUUCCAAGCCUUUAGUGACAAAUCAGCACAGAAGGACCGCCUCAGCAGGCACUGUGAGCGAUGCUGAAGCACGCUCUGUCAGUAACUCCUCCCGUUCAAGCGUCACUUCUGCAGCCUCCAGCAUGGAUUCUUUGGAUAUUGACAAAGUGACACGCCCUCAAGAACUUGAUUUGACAACACACCAGGGACAGCAAAUUACUGAGGAAGAACAGGCAGCAAAACUGAAAGCUGAGAAGAUCCGAGUUGCUCUGGAGAAAAUUAAAGAGGCUCAAGUGAAAAAGCUGGUGAUCAGGGUCCACAUGUCUGAUGACAGCUCUAAAACAAUGAUGGUGGACGAGAGACAGACAGUGAGACAAGUGCUAGACAACCUAAUGGAUAAAUCUCACUGUGGCUACAGUUCAGACUGGUCGCUGGUGGAGACAGUUUCCGAGUUACAAAUGGAAAGAAUCUUUGAAGACCAUGAAAACUUGGUUGAAAAUCUUCUUAAUUGGACAAGAGACAGCCAAAAUAAGCUUAUAUUUAUGGAGCGUAUAGAAAAAUAUGCACUUUUUAAAAACCCCCAGAAUUAUCUUCUAGGAAAAAAGGAAACAGCUGAGAUGGCAGACAGAAACAAAGAAGUGCUGUUAGAGGAAUGUUUUUGUGGAAGUUCUGUAACUGUCCCAGAAAUUGAAGGAGUCCUUUGGUUGAAAGAUGAUGGCAAGAAGUCCUGGAAAAAGCGUUACUUUCUCUUGCGAGCAUCUGGUAUCUACUAUGUCCCUAAAGGAAAAGCAAAGGUAUCUCGGGAUCUAGUGUGCUUUCUCCAGCUGGAUCAUGUAAAUGUAUACUAUGGGCAGGACUAUCGGAACAAAUACAAAGCACCCACAGACUGCUGUCUGGCGUUAAAGCACCCACAGAUCCAAAAGAAGUCUCAGUAUAUCAAGUACCUUUGUUGUGAUGACGCAAGGACUCUGCAUCAGUGGGUUAAUGGAAUCCGCAUUGCCAAGUAUGGGAAGCAGCUCUACACGAAUUACCAAGAAGCCUUGAAGAGGACAGAGUCAGCUUAUGAUUGGACUUCUUUAUCCAGCUCCAGCAUUAAAUCUGGAUCCAGUUCUUCCAGUAUCCCGGAGUCUCAGUCAAAUCACUCUAAUCAGUCUGACAGUGGAGUGUCUGACACCCUGCCUACUGGACACAUCCGUUCCCAAAGUACUGUGAGCUCCAUCUUCUCCGAAGCCUGGAAGCGAGGCACUCAGUUGGAAGAGUCCAGCAAGGCCAGAAUGGAGUCUAUGAAUCGGUCCUACACUUCACUUAUGCCCCCUCUGUCCCCUCAAACUAAGAUCAUCACCCCUUAUACUGCCUCACAACCUUCACCGCCUCUGCCUCCUCCUCCGCCACCACCUCCUCCUCCUCCACCUCCACCACCACCACCUCCUCCUCCUCUCCCCAGCCAGUCUGCACCGUCUGCAGGCUCAGCAGCCACCAUGUUUGUCAAGUACAGCACAAUCACCAGGCUGCAGAAUGCAGCUCAGCAUUCAGGGACCCUGUUUAAGUCUCCAGCACCACCAACGAUGCAGCCUCUUCCUUCGGCUUCACAGUCCAAGGCUCAAAUUGUGGUGCCCCCCAAUGGAGUUAUUCCUCCACCCCCUCCUCCUCCCCCACCCCCAACCCCUGGCUCAGCGAUGGCCCAGUUAAAGCCAGUGCCAUGUGCCCCAUCCCUACCACAGUUUAGCCCCCAACCUCCUCCACUGAAGAUUCAUCAGGUUCAGCAUCUUCCUCAGGCAGCCCCUCCUACACCCCCACCAGCUCCUCCCAUCCCUGCAACUGUCCCUCCUCAAGCACCCCCUAAACCUCUGGUGACCAUUCCUCCUUCAGCCAGCACAAAGACUGUGUCACCAGUAGUAGCACAAGCUGUACCACCUACCCCUGCACCUCCAGUGCCCCCCACAAAGAAACAGCCAGUUUUCCCCAUUUCUCAUAUUCCACCCACUCCCCCCAUCCAGCCUACCCCACAUCCCCCACCAACUCUACCCAAGCAGCAGAGCUUCGGGAUGAAGCCACUGCCCUCUCCGCUGUCCCCUGUGCCCUCAGUUGUGAAGCAGAUAGCCAGCCAAUUUCCACCCCCUCCCACUCCUCCUCCUGUGGACUCUCAGCCCCUAAAAUCCCUCCCAGCAAGUGUCACCCCACAGUCCCCUCCUGCAGUAAAAGCAAAACCCAAAUGGCAGCCCAGCUCAAUCCCUGUCCCUUCUCCAGAUUUCCCUCCUCCCCCUCCUGAAAGCAGCCUGGUGUUUCCUCCACCACCUCCUCCAGCCCCAGCCCCAGCCCCACCACCACCACCACCACCACCACCAGUGGCACCCAUGGCUUCACCUACCCCUGACAAAGGUGGCUCUCCAGGCAAAAAGACAAGUAAGAUGUCCAGCCCUGGGGGGAAGAAACCACCCCCAACCCCUCAGCGCAACUCCAGCAUUAAGUCUGGCAGUUGUGCAGAACACCCUGAGCCCAAGCGACCCUCGGUAGACAGUCUAGUCAGCAAGUUUGCACCGCCAGCAGAAUCAGGGUCUCCCAGCAAGGAGACCCCACCACCUCCUGCAGCACCCCCUAAACCUGGGAAACUACACCUUUCUGGAGUCAACCUCCCUGGAAUCCACCAGCAAGGGAUUGUGUCGGCAAAACCUUCUGUUCUGAGUGGGCGUGGAAAGGACACAGUAGUGGAAUUUCCAUCUCCACCAUCUGAUUCUGACUUUCCACCCCCUCCACCUGAAAUAGAGCUUCCUCUGCCUCCUAUCGAGAUUCCAGCUGUAUUCUCGGGGAACACCUCCCCAAAAGUGGCAGUUGUUAAUCCUCAGCCACAGCUAUGGUCUAAAACAUCAGUAAAGAAGGGCCCCCGAGCCACCCGGCCCAAACGCAAUGACAGUACCCGCCUCACUCAAGCUGACAUCUCUGAACAGCCAGCGAUGACCACAGUUGUGCCACAAGUGCCCACCUCUCCUAAAUCCAGCCUUAGUGUCCAGCCUGGAUUCCUAGCUGAUCUUAACAGGACAUUGCAGCGCAAGUCUAUCACGCGGCAUGGCUCCCUCUCCUCCUCACGUGUGUCCAGAGCAGAACCCACAGCCACAAUGGACGACAUGGCACUACCCCCACCACCACCAGAGCUGCUGUCUGACCAGCAGAAGGCUGGCUUUGGAGGUAGUCAUAUUUCGGGCUAUGCAACAUUGCGAAGAGGACCCCCUCCCGCUCCUCCUAAGAGAGACCAGAAUACUAAGCUCUCAAGAGACUGGUAGCCACAAGACUUAUUUUCAUGCUAUCUAUAAUCAGUUCUACAAUCAGUUCAUCUGAUCAUCUGUGAAUCCAGGUGUUCAGAGCCUCCUGAUAUGUUAUUCAGGAGAAAGUCACUGCAAUGAAUGUGGUUCAAGACUCAUUGGAGAAUAUAGUAUUUGUACUACUGCAUCACAGAGAUGUGUGAGUGGUACCUGCCUCACAUCUGCAGCCCCUGCUCAGUGCAGUCACACAGUUAGGGAGGAAGUGACCAUGUAAGUCAUUGUGCUUUUUAAAACCCAACUUGAUAUUUUUUUAAUAUUUCAAAUUGUUCACCAAGUAUUUGUGCUUGCUAUUCCUAUGAUGAAGUGACCUUUAAUAUACUACAUUGUUAGUUUCAACAUACAAAACAAAUGUAGUCAACCUGAGUACAGAUGCCAAGCCCUACUGAGACUGAGAGAAGUAAUUGCCCGUGCUUAUCAACCUGUGGCUCUAUGUUCAAGAGAGUGGAUCCAGUUACCCCAGUGUUGAUUUUUUUUCUUUUUAAAUUAAGCUAGAUAGAUAAUUUAAGAUUUCCUUGAGUGGAAAAGUAUGUACUUCCAAUCUAGAUUAAGCCCCAAAUCAACAUCCUUCAUUUUUUUCAGUCUGGAUUUCAUGGGAAUUGUUAAGGCAUCCUGAGCCAUGAUUUCUAUUUUAUUGUCUUGGGAGAGCAGAUAUCUUUAAAAAUCAGUGAUGCCAAGAAAAUCUGAGAGCAGUAACUAUCCAUUUCUAACUCCAGUCAUGUGACAGCAUGCAGUUUCUUUAUAUAUCUCAAAGAUAAUAGCUGUUAAUUUUUUAAAAAGUGAUACAUCCCAAAUCUUAAGUGACACAUUCCAAUUUUUUUGCUUUUAGCUACCUAGUGUGUUUGAAGGUUUUAUUGAGGUGUAGUUUUGUUUCUUCUCUGUCUCUGAUCUGUUCGUGGACAAGACCCACCCACUGCCAGACAACACUAUUCCGUGCCUUCUCUCACUGUCCUCUCCUUGGCAGCUCCAUCUUACAUGGCCAGUGAGAGGCACUGGAGGCUGCCCGGACACUGACUAGUGAAUAGGGUGGAGGGACCUUCUGCUCCUGAGCGGAGUUGGUGACUAGCUUUUUGACAACCAAGUAAUUUCUAGAGUCUCUAGUGCUUAAGGUCUGGCACCAACUCUGAAGGGCAGCAAAACAACCAAACUCCAGUUCACGGGUGUUAGUAUAAACACUAUGCUACAUUAAUCUCACCACCUUGGCUUUUACUCCCAAGAGACUUAAAUACUUCCCCUUUUUAGUCACUGUAUUUCUCAUUUGAAGGGAAGAAAAUUAGUUUUUAAGGUAUCCACUUACAGAUAGCUACAUUUUUUCAAUAUCUGAACUUUUUAACAUGAGAAAGAUGGCUGUAUCAGAUUACCAAAAAGACAUAUUUUCAUCAGAUAAUUAAUAGAGAUGACAGUUUUUAAGUCCUCCAAAAUUAAGGUGCUCCUACCCAUGAAUGGCAUAUCUUACAAAGGGCUGAGAACUGUUUUGGAUUCCUUCUCUCUGUAUUACUUUGAUGUUAUAAAUAAUGCUGAAUUUGUCUAAAAAGAAUUGAGAGGUCAUAGAAAUUCUAACAGGGUAACAAUUCCAAGGUUCAAAUCAACAGGGAUCCAGGUCUCAGAACCUGGACAGUAGUGUGGCUUUGUUCAUCAGACUUUAAACAGGACAUUUUGUCACCUUUGCUACUCAAAAUUUUGUUACAAACACAAGGCAGUGUUUAAGCAAGUAAAAAAAAUCCAUUCAAACAUUUUCAUGUAUCUUCAGAAAUCAGAAAUAGCAUUAUAACUGAUGUAAUCCCAGACUUUACUCCAGUUUACUAAUUAAAACAAUGGUCCUGUAUGGUUAGGUGACAAGUUUUGAUAAAAUAGGUAUUAUUCUUGUUAUACAUGAAAGUGGCUUUCUCUUUUUUUAAAAAAAAAUCCCUUUCAAAUUAAAAAUACCUUUUGGAACAUUUAAUUUUUAAUUUCUACUUUAUAUUAUCUAUUAUAUGUACCCUCUCCCCAAGUUUACCCAAAGGAAAAUGCAAGAACAAAACUGACUAUCCCACCAUCUCUUAAGAUGGUCCUUUUAAAAUCCAAUGAAGACAUACCUUUAAAACUCUAGCCAUAAAAAUUACAAGUGCUCAGUGCCCUUAAGAGGUCUAUAUGUAAAAGAAACCUAAAAUCUAGGUGAAUUUAAUGAAAUACCAUACUUCAUACGUAUACAGUAUCAGGAGGGGGCAGGGGCUCUUGGGUUUUCUCUGAAGUAAACCAUUUCAGAAAGCUAUCUGCUAUUAUCCCCAGUGCCUUGAACUCUUUAAAGGAAUAGCAUUUAAAAACAACAAAAACCACAAGUAAACUUUUGAGGUGCUAAUGAAAGAGAAGGAAGGUAAGUACUUUUGAAGUUUGGGCAGAAAUGGGGAAGGGGUGACUCUUACAAGAGUUUUUUUCAUCCAUCUACAUGGAAUCUGGCUGUUUCCUCUCAAAGAUGUUUAGAAAAGUGGUCAACACUGAGCCAUACUUAAGAUCUGGCCAAAUUGGGAGCAUGUUGUUCAUGAGCUGUGAAUUUCAAGUAAGGGGUUAAGAAUCAACUUCCUUUUAAAAAAAAAAAAAUCAACUUCUUAGGAAGACAUGGUUGCAGCAGGAGGGGAUACCAGGGAUACAUUUUUUUUUAAACUAUCCAUCCAUUAAAUUCAUUACAACUUAAUACCAAAACCUGCCAUUUUUCAUAAUUCCACCUCCUAUUCUUCCUGUAUUUGUAAAUAGUCCCUCCUAGAAAAUAAGCAUUAACUGGAAUGUGUUAAAUGAUUUUGCCUAGUUUUACUAUCAGCCACUAGUGAGCUCUUCUUCCUGAGAUGCAUAAGGUACAAUGUGACUAGCUUGUGCUAAGUGUUGUAAAAAUACUGUUUACUGUUUUCACAGAGAAUUGCACAUUAUCUCUAACUGGGGCUGUCCUCUUCUGUUUCUUUUAAAAAAAAAAAAAUGGAGUCAAGGCUCACUCUGACUUCUAGCUGUGGGAAUUCUGUCAUAAAUAGAUAUAAUGUAGAAAUAUACUUUUUUAAAGCAUGAAGAUAACAAAAAUGUACCUGAAAGAGGACACUAUUCAGAGGAUUAUGCACAGCUUGAAAAGGAUGAAGUUGUGGUUUUCUUUCAGCCUUGUUGCUAUUAUUUUCUUCUGCAUAAAUGUACACUCAUUUCAUUAUGUGCCUUGCUCCGAUUGUGCAAAGCUAUAUAUAUACACACACAAAUAUAUAUAUAUAUAUGAGAGAGAUAUAUUCAUUCAGUACUACUGAUGUUUUUGUUCUACUGCUGGAUUAAGUUAUUGUCUGAGUUAUACUUGCCACUUGUCAUAAACUAUUGUAAUGGCUUAGGACAGUGGUCAUAUAGCCAGAGUAAAUUUGUUUUUCCAGUUACAUUUUUUUUGUCAUCUAUCCCAAUUCUUAAUAAAAAAAAAAAUUACAUAGAUUCCAUUUAAA